CUGUUAACCAUACACACACAAAGUUCUUGUAUAACUAACCUGAACCUUCGACUUUAAAUGCUCUGCCAAGUCAUUUACAAGCCCUCUUUCUCUUGAAGAAGAAGAUACAUUAUACUCAGUAAUGGAGCAAAACAACAACAAUGUAGAAGAUUUCUCCUUGAAUGUCUUUUCUGUCACUCCUUGUCAGCCAAACAGGUCGGAUGCCCUGGUGUCAGAUGGGGAUAAAGCUGGCACCACUCUACUCUUUUCAGGUGUGUUUUUGGGACUGGUGGGGAUCACUUUCACCGUGAUGGGAUGGAUAAAAUAUGAUGGCAUUACUCACCUGGAGUGGACUCAGUUACUAGGGCCUAUUCUGCUGUCUGUUGGGGUGACUUUUGUUCUGAUUGCUGUUUGUAAAUUUAACAUGCUUACAUGCAAGCCCUGUAAAGAAAGAGAGGAAAAUACAUCGGAACUUGACCAGGCUGCAAGCGGACAGUCUUUUGUCUUCACCGGCAUUAACCAGCCUAUAACUUUCCAUGGUGCCACAGUGGUACAGUACAUCCCUCCACCAUACCCAUCCCAGGAAGGCGCUGCUGUGAGUCCCGGCUACCUUCACCCAGUGCUCAGCUGCUGCGGUGCUGCUCCUCCCAGCACCUCGCCACUGCUCACCUCAGGUUCUCCUCACUUCUGCCCUGCCUACACCCUGGAUAACCUGGCUUUUACAGGAGAUGAAAACUACACUGCUUAUCCUGCAGAGAAUUCCAGGAAUCAGAGGUCAGAAGACAGUUCUGAUGAACCAGAAGGACUGCUGGAAGACUAUGCCAGUAAUAACUUGUCACCUCCACGUUAUGAGGAAAUAUACCCUUUUUCUUCAUAAAAUCAUCUUGGACAACAGAUAACAAUCCUAAGAG